AUGGAAUUCUCCGCCAGCUUUGUCUCCAUCUUUGUCUUUCGCUCCGCUUUUCCUUUUGUGUUUGACCUUUUGCUUUACAAUACCUUAAUGGCUUCCCGAUUAUUGACCCGAGCGGCUUUGGCGCGCCACGUCCUUCUGACCCCCAGAGCUGCUGCCCUUCCCUUUUCGGCAUCCACCUCCGCAUUUGCCGCUGUCUCCGUGAAGUCGAAAAUCGCCACCAGAUUUCAAUCCACGUCGUCAAAGAAAGAUGAAAAAUCCCCUUCUGUAAGUGCUGGCGAAAAAGACGUCAAGGCAGGGCCUAGCCCGAGUACUGAGUUAGCUCAUAAACAGGAAUCGACAUCUACUGAAGUCAUUGCUGUUGAAGCGCCUCCAAAACCUCCUCUUUGGGACCGUAUCAAGCACGAGGUAGCUCACUACUGGAACGGUACCAAGCUUUUGGGUUACGAGAUCAAGGUUUCCACCAAAUUACUAUUCAAAGUGGCGGCUGGUUAUGGCUUGUCCAGAAGAGAAAAUAACCAGUUACAGAGAACUUUAGUCGAUGUGGCGCGGUUGAUUCCAUUCUCCAUGUUUGUGAUCGUACCUUUCGCUGAGCUCUUAUUGCCAGUAGCCUUAAAGUUCUUCCCUAACUUGUUACCUUCCACUUAUGAGUCUUCUUCAGACAUCAACAAGAAGAGGUUGAAAUUAAUCAAGGCCAGAACUAGUGCUUCAGAGUUUAUCAAGAAGACCAUGGAAGAAAAUGGUCUCAAAUUAUCGAAGAAAAUCUCGGAAAAAGAACGUGAAGCCUUCGUGUCCUUUUUCGAUACUAUUUCAAUGGGUAAAACUCCUACUAGGGAACAUUUGAUUCAAGUGGCUCGUAUGUUCAAGAAUGACCAAGUGUUGGAUAAUUUGUCGCGUCCACAGUUGCUUGCCAUGGCUAAAUACAUGUCUCUUAGACCUUAUGGAACCGACUCGAUCUUGAGAUACCAAAUUAGACACCGCUUGUUGACCAUUAUCAAGGACGACAAAGCCAUUGACUACGAAGGUGUCGAAUCUUUGACUGUGCCUGAAUUACAAAUGGCCUGUUCCCAAAGAGGUAUCAGGACUCAGGAUGUUUCCCCCGGCAGAUUAAGAGAAGACUUGGACACCUGGUUGGACUUGAGAUUGAGACAGAAGAUUCCUUCUACGCUUUUGAUUCUUUCCUCUACAUACACUUAUGGAGAACACAAUCUGGGUAUCGACACGUACUACGACGCCUUGUUGGCUGUCUUGUCAUCGAUUCCAGAUGAAGUUUACAACGUGGCCAAGUUGGAAUUGUCUCAUGAUUCAAAGUUGAAGUUGAACAUCUUGAAGGAGCAGGACGAGAUGAUCCAAGAGGAGAACUUGCGUGAAAAGGAUACUGUCAACCACGUGAAGGAUAACAUCAAAUUGGAUGAAUACGAAGAAACCGCUACCGAAGGUAUGAAGAUUGAACAAGAUGAGCCGGGCGAAAAGUCUAGUGAAUCUGAGAAGACUGAGCAGGAUAAGAGCGACAAGCACGAAUCUGCUGAACCAAACUCUCUGGAAAAGUCGGAAACCAAGGCCGAGAAAAACGAAGCAAAAGCUUCGUCAUGA